CGCGUCCCAGGCUCACUCACCGUGGUCCCUGCCGUGCGCGCGCUGCCUGGGCGGAGAGGCCAUGGGGAUGAGCCAGGAGAGCCCGAGGUUUUUAAACCUAACCUAACUGUCCAGAGGACGUUUCCAUGCUGAUGACAGGUUCUGCUCGAUAAUGAUCCAAAGCGGUGCGGACUGACGCACGUUCAUUUUCAUCAUCUGAGGCAGAUGCCACCAACAGAAGGAUGUGCAUGGAGACUGCAUGUUAAACACAAUUCACUCUUUGGCUUCAAGAAGAGAAAAACACUGAGACGAAACCAAAGAUCUUUUGCAUAUUUGAUUCUUCACAGCGUUUGGACUUGUGAAACAGUGCUGCAAUGUGGUGGUUUCAGCAAGGCCUCUGUUUCUUGCCUUCGGCUUUGGUUGUUUGGUCAGCUGCUUCUUUCAUAUUUUCAUAUAUUACCGCAGUCGUUCUACGUCAUAUUGACCCUUUGGUGCCCUACAUCAGUGACACAGGGACAAUACCGCCUGAAAGAUGCUUAUUUGGGAUUAUGUUAAAUAUUUCCACUUUCUUAGGUAUUGCUACUGUGUAUGUUCGCUAUAAACAAGUUUAUGCUCUGAGUCCAGGAGAACCCAAGAUCGCCAGAUUAAAUAAGGCUGGCUUUACACUUGGAAUAAUAAGCUGCUUUGGACUUUGCAUUAUUGCCAACUUCCAGAAAUAUACUCUAUUUUAUAUGCACGUAGUUGGAGCCUGCCUAACAUUUGGAAUAGGAGCUAUUUACAUACUGGUUCAGACUAUUCUUUCCUACACGAUGCAGCCAAAAGUUUUUUGGAUCCGAGUGAUUGUGUUACUCUGGUGUGGAUCAAGCAUAGCAAGCAUGUUUGUUUCUUCGGUCCUUUUGUACAGUGGCCUGUAUGGAACUGACCUAGUUCAGAAGCUGCACUGGAACUCACAGGAAAAAGGCUACAUAGUUCACAUCAUCAGCACAAUCUCAGAAUGGUCUCUGGCUUUCUCCUUCCUCAGCUUUUUCCUCACCUACAUCCGUGAUUUUCAGAAAAUUUUCUUGCGUGCGGAUAUCAAUUUAAGUGGACACAGCAUUUGCAAAACACCCAAUAGCUUUGUGGCUGAUGAACACACACUGUUGAUUGGAGGACGUUUAUAACUAAGUGGGAGACAAAACACUUUCUCAGCUUUUAUAUCUCAAGAAUUUAGAAAGUAGCAAUAAUACUAACAAUUUAUAUAUGUGUUUGGAUCAAAUUCCAUCCAAUUAAAGAGGAGACUCAAUGUAAUCACUUUGACACGUAAAGGGCUUUGCUAUUAACCCACAUAGCAAUGCAAAGGUGAUUAAUAAUCAGUAUUGUCAAUAACCUGUAAUACAUUUCUGCAUUUAUACAUUUUAUAGAAUGAAGAAUAAAAUGGACAUUGGAAAGUU